UCUCGAUUGGAGUCAAGGCGGUGACAUAGUCGAACAAUGGGGCGGAUCAACUUCAUGUCAACAUUGGUGCUUGCUUUCGUGAUUUCCACUGUCAGUGGACAACAAGUUGGCACAAACUGCACGGAUACCCGUAUUCGUCGGUCCUGGGAUACGUACAAUACGACGGAGAAGGCUCUAUACCUAGAAGCGGUUGGCGUUGCCAUGGAUUUAGGAUUCCACCAAAAGUUCGUGCAAAUCCACGUCGAGUUCAUGUCGGAGAAACAAGCGCAUCAGAACUGCAUGUUCAUCUACUGGCACCGGAUGAUGUUGCUUGGCUACGAGAACAUGCUACGUAGCUUGGAUCCCAAAUACCGUUGCCUCACCCUCCCGUACUGGGACCAUCUCUCGGCGUAUGCUCGACAAGCUGCUGGCCAAUGCAACUACCUACUGGGCUGUACGCCCUUCCUCACGGACUCCGGUGGUGCUAUGACGGGCGUCAGCGCACGCUUGAUCGUCUACAACGUGUCCAUAGCAGCUUCUUACUCGACGUGCAUAAAUCAAGGCAUUCUAUCUCAUUUCUGCGGCAACAACUCGGUCUGCGCUCAAUGCGUCACGCGUGGAUCUAAGAACUACCUGGCUAGUACUCGCUACCCUGGCGAGGCUUCCCUCGGUUCGGUAUUUCAGCAAGUCUUCACUUACAAUGAUUCAGCCAGAUUUACACAAGCAGUCGAAGGGGGUGUCCACAAUACAAUCCACAGCGUUCUGAACGGUGUCAUGGCGUGGUUUCAAUCUCCGGUGGAUCCGAUAUUUUACCUUCACCAUUCGCUCAUCGACUUAUUGCAAGUAAUUUAUCUCAAAUGCCAAUUGGGUGGUACAAAUGUGGUCCUCUCCGCAACAGACAAAGGCAGCGAUCCACGUUGGUUCAGCACGUGUGCAAAAAGAACUACUGGUAACUAUACGAGUGACGACACCAUCACGAUGCGUGCGAAUGCAACGGAUGGAACGACUCUUGUUAAUGUGUGGCAAGACCCCAACAACAUCCUGUACCCAUUUUUCAAGGAUUUACCCAAUAAAUACGCAGACUACGUCGAUGCUAAAGAUCUGGGGAACUAUAGCUACAGCUAUGCCAUUAGUGGAGGACUAGCUAAUAUGUAUCAAAACUGCAAUAAUGCUACCAAAAUGGCUGCGGUUAAUGGGACUAUUACGACUUUAUUGGCAAGCUGGGGCAGGCUACGCAACAAAGGCUCCGACCACCCUUCCCCCGUUAUCGAGCCGGGAACGAGAUAUGACGAGAAGGUGAAGCGUUGGAAUGUUGCGCUCUACGAAGCAGCUCGCAUUGUUGGCUACGAAGAGAAGGCGGCCAGAGAGCAGAUGGAGAUGGUGUUGUGCCAGUAUCAAGCUGACUGUCUUGGUGGCGUUGAAGACUACACGGACCUCUUUCGAGCCAACUUUGGUGUCCAAGGUCACACGCGCUGUUACAACGUGGUGGCCGGUUUGAAAUCGGGCGAUCUUGUCAUUGGUAUCCCUCAAUGGAAAGACAUCACGAACCGUUUUGUGCCAUGUGCGGCGUAUAAGAAGAAGACCUCCAAUGCCUACGCCACAUCUUUCGGAAAGGCUUUUAUUACGGCUUGAUGCAGCUGGAGGGCCUUUCAAGGUAUAACUUGCAAGGAAGUGUUUUAGCAGCUGUAAUAAGCUACUGUAAGUCAUUUUUACGCUCCGUUCCAUGCUUGACCUGUGCGCGGUAUACCUUACUAUGAUCCUCUCGUAUUAUCUCUUGCUGAUCAAGAAUCGAUCAGCAACGGGGACUCCGAUAGCCAACAGAGUGUCGAGAAGAGAUAUGAGAAAAUUCAGCGGGCAAACUCCAAAAACUAGGUCGUGUUGAGUGAAUUGCAAAUGCGUGGACAGGAAGUUGGAGUUGUAGUUUUUAUUUUAAAUUUGAAAACUAGUUCUAUUUUGAAAUUGGC